AUGGCGGCUGCUCCGCCAGCGCAAACUCAACUCGGUGCGGACACAAAGGCUCCUCCGCCAGGGCCAACCGGUACCGGGCCACAAGAAGACUGUCCUACUUGUGUCCGCCGGAGGAUACGCUGCGACCGUUCACUUCCAAAAUGCAUCAAAUGUGCCAAAAAAGGCCUAACCUGCCCGGGCUACGGACCUCGACUGAGAUGGGCCAAUGGCAUUGCUGUUCGUGGCCAUCUCAAAGGUCGGACGACGCCACAAAUUGACAAGCCGGUGAAAGCCAGUACUUCCUCUAGCCGCUCUAUCUCACCGAAACCCGCCAAGUUAUCAGAAACCGAAAGCAACCUCAGCCCGUUGAACUCCAUCGUUGAUCCCGUAGAAAAUCUCUUCCCCGGCUUCCCUGACCCGGCGACCAGGGCUCGCCUCCUAGACCAUUACGACAAGAACAUAGCUGGACUUAUGGUCUGGAUAGACUCAGACAAGAAUGAGUACCGGCGUCUAGUCCUUCCCCUGGCCAAUCGCCAACCAGUGCUACUGCUCGCUAUCCUCGCGGUCUCUGCACAGCAUCUCGCAGUCACAGCUAACAUUGAAUCCGACUUCUCAGCUCGCGCCCGUGAUGCAGCCGUCAUGAUGAUAUCAACCCAGAUCCGCCAGGUCACCGGCUGCCUUGCGGCUGGGUACGAUCUGGCAAGUCAAAUUGACGUUGAUACCGCUGUCUGGAUGCUUGCCUCGAUGCUGACGCUUGCAAAUUAUGAGAUGGCGGAGUCAGAAUCAGGGGCCAUAGGGGCGGACUCGCAUCGGCAGGCCGCUCGAACCUUGGUAAAUGCUCUUGAAACCACGAAGCGCGACAACAACGACCUGUUCAAUUUCCUCCGAAAUCAGCUGUCAAUCUACGACAUUCUGGCCUCCACCACCGCCUUCGAUCCGAGGGGCAUGGGGGAAGCAAUCCUGCCGGUGCCGGAUCAUUCUAACCAUGUUUUCUCGGAGUACCUGUCGCUGCUCCAGCAUGUCACAGUGACCUUUCGCCAAGGCUUUGAAAGGAGACCCUCUGCCUCGUCUAAUGUUUCCGAGCUACCAUUGUCGCCCGCUGAGGUUCGCUCUCGAUUCGAACUAGCUCGAGGGUCGACUUUGAUGGCUGCUGGCUUGCUUGGACUGCGCCAUGAUGCCAGACGACGGGAUUUCAUCAUGAUUGUGGAUAUAUAUCAUCAUGCCGCGUUGCUUUAUACUUACAGAUGCCUCUUCCAGGGACGCGUUGAUCCCAGUGACUUGGCCUCUUCUGCCACUGCGCUGUUUGAGCGAUUGAGCCAACUCGAAGACCUCGACGGUUGUAGGCAAAACUUGCCAUGGCCGACAUUCAUCGCAGGAACUGAAUGUAAAGGCAGACCAGAAAGAGAAAUGUUCGUUGCCAACAUGUAUGAAGACAUCGCCAAACACAUGGGAUUCAAGCACUAUCUGGAGGUGCAUCAUUUCUUGAAGGAUUUCUGGUCGUCCAGUCAUUUCGACUGGUUCGAGAUGGCGCGCAGCUACAGCGAGAAUGGAAAGCCGAUUCUCGCAGUCUGA